GAUGCCUUUGCCAUCCUUGUCCCCGCUCUUCCUCCUCUUCCUGACUCCAAAGGCGUGGAGCUACGAGGCCCCUGAAGACAAACAGGACGUUUUUGCGAGAACGGCGUGUCCCGCCUUCCUGACCUUCACCAACGCUGCCUACCUGUCAGGAGUCACCGUGGAGCUGCCCUGCCUCUGCAAACCAGAGCAGGUCCAGUCGGUUGUCUGGUUUUUCCGGAAACAUCUGGAACGAUCAGAGGACACCAAAGCGCUGACUGAUCACCAUGGCAACCACCUGCUCGAUCCCAGCCAGGUUCCUCACAGCGGAGACCUGCGGAGUCGCUUCUCCAUCCGACUCUUCAGCCUGCUGAUCUUCAGAGCUGGGCCCGAUGAUGCAGGCAUCUAUAUCUGUGGCUCCGCCCACAAAGACUUCUUCUAUGGUUACGACCUGGACAUCCAGGAGGCUCCCACGCUCAGCUUCACCAACAGACUCGCUUCAGAGGCUAGCGACGGGAAACGGGACCAGAGCGCCGACCUCAGCGCUCUGUACCGCCUCUUCACCAGCUUCCAGCCGUGGUCUGUGUGCGACCGCUGCGGCGUGCCGGGCGAGCAGGUCCGAGCCGGGCUCUGCUACAUACGCUCCCGCUUCCUGAACGUGCGCUACAGGCGGGCCAAUCAGACGGUCGUUUCUUGCGGCUCGGGGGCGGUGCCAAGAGCCUUCGGUUUAAAGCAAAGCAGAGUCGCAGCAAAGCUGGAGGUCAGAAGCUGUCGUAUGACGUGUCCGUCCCAGGCCCCGCCCUCCAAGCUGCUCGGUCUGAUGUCUCUUUUUGGGUCCAGUUCUGCCUCAUUGCCAACCGGGCUACCUCUGUACUACCUGACCCAUCCCGACGGGCAGGUCCUCACCCUGGGCUGUCCCGGGGCGCGCCCUGACAUGGCGGUCGCCUGGGACCGAGGGAACGAACCCAUCUACAGGUCUGAACACUCUUCAGGCGCAGACCUCAGACUGCUCAUAGACACCGGGCACCACCUGCUGUUCCAGCCGGCUCAAACGCAGGACUCAGGUGUGUAUUACUGCUGGCUGCACGGUCGCCGGGCGGCAGAGAUCCACCUCCUCGUGUACCCCCACUUUGGCAGCCAGUCGCUUCUGUCGCAUCCCGACUUUCCAGCCGCCGUGCAGACCGUGCUGGGAUCGUAUGCUGCCAUGACGACCGUGUUUUUCCUGCUGAUGCUGGGCCGAGCUGUGCUGAGACACCGCAGGGAGCAAGGCCACGUGGACUAAAGGCAGCGAGGGUCAGACUCUGGUUCUGUGGGGCCGAAGGGCAGCCACAUGUCCGAUCCUUCUGUGAUCACAUCCUCAUUAAAACU